GAGCGCUUCCCUAAACCCCGGCUGUUAGUGCUGUGUGAGUGAGUGUGUGCCCCGGAGCUCUCCUCGGCACACAUCUUAUAUAAAAAAUUAAAAAACAAAAAAAAUUUACAAAACCAACAAAAACAACAAAAAAUUGUUUCCUUUUGUAACAAAAAAUUAAAAAAUAACUGGUGAAGCGGGACUAGCAACGAGUGAACCGAAGAAUAGAACGAAGGAAAGGACGAAAUAAUUCGACGCGUGAAGCCGGCUAGCUAGCUAGCUAACGUUACUGCUGAAGCGAAAGGCCUUUUGAAUUUUAAACUCGACUUGUUUAAAUUUUUAUCUCGCUUGCUGGUACAGACCGACGUAACGUUUUGAUAUUUCGCUGAGCUGAACACUCUUGGUUUAUUUUUUACCUCAACGGCGGGCCGACAACCGUUAUUUUUGACCGAUUUACCCGAAAAAAUCGUGUUACCUGCGUAUUGUGUAACAUUGGCUAGCCGGGUCCAGUUUGCCACCGACGGCCGUCUCGAAUUUUCAAAUUACAAGUUUGACGUGUCGGUUUUUUUUUAAAGAAAACUAUUAAGAUUUUAUUUUUUACCCCUGUCGAGAUCAAUAAAUAAAAAGACAAGAAGAUGAAUCCCAGCGGACCCAGUUACCCAAUGGCCUCCUUGUAUGUCGGCGACCUGCACCAGGAUGUGACCGAAGCCAUGCUUUACGAGAAAUUCAGCCCGGCCGGCCCGAUCCUAUCCAUUCGAGUGUGUCGUGACAUGAUAACUCGCCGGUCUCUCGGAUAUGCCUAUGUCAACUUCCAGCAGCCCGCCGACGCUGAACGUGCUCUGGACACCAUGAAUUUUGACGUGAUUAAGGGCAGACCCGUCCGCAUCAUGUGGUCUCAGCGUGACCCGUCCCUAAGGAAGAGCGGCGUCGGCAACAUCUUCAUCAAGAACCUGGACAAAUCUAUUGACAAUAAGGCCCUCUAUGAUACAUUUUCUGCUUUCGGAAAUAUCUUGUCCUGUAAGGUGGUUUGUGAUGAGAACGGCUCAAAGGGCUACGGUUUUGUGCACUUUGAGACCCAGGAGGCGGCUGAAAGGGCCAUUGAGAAAAUGAAUGGCAUGUUGCUCAAUGAUAGGAAGGUGUUUGUCGGCCGCUUCAAGUCUCGCAAAGAACGUGAAGCAGAGCUUGGGGCGAGGGCUAAGGAGUUCACUAACGUGUACAUCAAAAACUUUGGGGAGGACAUGGAUGAUGAGAAGCUGCGGGAGAUAUUUGGAAAAUUUGGACCUGCUCUAAGUAUCAGAGUCAUGAUUGAUGAAAGUGGGAAAUCCAAGGGCUUCGGCUUUGUCAGCUAUGAACGGCAUGAAGAUGCCCAGAAGGCUGUUGAUGAGAUGAACGGGAAGGAACUGAAUGGCAAACAAGUUUAUGUGGGACGUGCCCAGAAAAAAUCUGAGCGCCAGACAGAACUGAAGCGCAAGUUUGAGCAGAUGAAGCAGGACAGGAUGACUCGAUACCAGGGUGUCAACUUGUAUGUGAAAAAUCUUGAUGAUGGGCUUGACGAUGAACGUCUGCGAAAGGAGUUUUCCCCCUUUGGGACCAUCACCAGCGCUAAGGUCAUGAUGGAAGGAGGUCGCAGCAAGGGCUUUGGGUUUGUGUGCUUCUCCUCACCUGAAGAGGCCACCAAAGCUGUAACUGAGAUGAAUGGCCGUAUAGUUGCUACUAAACCACUGUAUGUGGCUCUGGCUCAGAGGAAGGAGGAACGUCAAGCCCAUCUCACUAACCAGUACAUGCAGAGACUGGCCAGUGUCAGGGCUGUGCCCAACCCCGUCAUCAACCCUUACCAGCCCCCACAACCUUCUGGUUACUUCAUGACUGCCAUUCCACAGACCCAGAACAGAGCUGCUUACUACCCCACUGGCCAGAUUGCACAACUGAGGCCAAGCCCUCGCUGGGCCACCCAAAACGUCAGGCCCCAGCAUUUCCAGAACAUGUCCAACGCCAUGCGGCCUUCGGCUCCCAGGCCACAGUCCUUCGGUAUGAGGCCGACAUCCUCCCAGGUGCCGCGUAUGAUGGCUUCUCAGCGUGUCGCUGCCCAAACGAUGGGACCCCGCCCGUCCAGCACUGCGGCCGCAGCUGCAGCAGCUCCUGUGCGCGGUGUGCCGCAGUACAAAUAUGCUGCAGGCGUGCGCAACCCUCAACAGCACCUGAACACUCAGCCCCAGGUAGCCAUGCAGCAGUCUGCUGUCCACGUCCAAGGCCAGGAGCCCCUGACUGCCUCUAUGCUAGCUUCUGCUCCCCCCCAGGAACAGAAACAAAUGCUGGGAGAGCGUCUCUUCCCACUUAUCCAGAGCAUGCACCCCUCCUUGGCGGGCAAGAUCACUGGCAUGCUGCUGGAGAUAGACAACUCAGAGCUACUCCACAUGCUCGAGUCCCCAGAGUCUCUACGUUCCAAGGUGGAUGAGGCGGUGGCUGUGCUACAGGCUCACCAGGCCAAGGAGGCUGCUCAGAAAUCGGUGACCAGUUCAGCCAGUGUGCCAAGCGUCUAGGCAGAGGUUUUGCUGCCCCUUCGCUUCACCAAGAAAAAAAUUUUGGGGAAAAAAUAAAACAUCGCAAAAAGAAAAUGACUUAAAAAAAAAAAAAAAACAUGAUUUUUUUGCCAGGUCUAGUAAAGUUAAGGUAGGCCUAGUUAAUUGUAAAAUAAAAAAAAAAGAGAAAAAUAAGAAAACGAAGAAAAAUUACAUUGGUGUGACCCAUGUCACUGGACCACAAUCAUUCCUUUUUAUUAGUUUUAUUGUGUGGAUGCUUAAAAUUUUGGCACUUUUCAGUGGUGGGGAAAAUCAUAGUUGACCAUUGGAGUAAUCUGGAUUGAAAAUUGCUUGCUUUAAUAAAAGUUAAACAUUG